AUGUCCCCCGUCCACCAUAAUCACAUGCUCUACAAUCACUACCUCCAGGGAUUCCAACUUCCGGCGUUUCAGAACGGCUCCUGGGCGGUUCCUUCGGCGGUUCCGUCAGCGCUUCCUGCGCUGUCGCCCCUGCCGCUGCGCCAAGAGGGCGCCGACUCAGCUGCAGCCGACGCGAAGGCGGAAAUGCAACGUGUCGAUUCGUCGACGCACAUUAACAGCCUUGUAGCGCAGUACUCGUUCGCGCAAGCUGGUGCAGCCGCCGCCGCCGCCGCCGCCGCUUGCGCUGGUAGCCCGGUUUCCCCCUCCCAGCUCGUCUCGCCGCGUACGGGCUGGCCGCACUCUUUGCGGCGUGCCCCCCGUUCAUGGGGCCCAUGGGACCGCAACGGACGGUGGGGCGGAAGGGGCGGAAGGGGCGUAACUAAGGGGACUCGCGCCAUGCAGCUGUGGCUGGAGGGCGGGGCAGAGGGGGACGUGCAGGGCAUGGGCCCGUUUGAUUGGCUGGAUGAGCCCUCAGGCGCGGAGGAGGCAACGGGGCUUCCGCACUGGGUGCUGGCGGAGCUGGGGGAAGGGGGCGCGGGGAAGAAAUCGGGGGAGGCGGUGGAGGAGGAGGUUUACCGUGUGCUGUUCCGUGCUGACUCUAUGGAGAGUGCCACAAGCGAGCAGCAUGUUACGACUCCUCUGUAUGAGACCCCUUUACAAGCACACGAGGCCAAGGAUGAGCAGUAUGAGGAUGAAUCUACCCCCACGGGUACCAACAAGGCUGUAACUGGAACGCCUGCAGGAGAGGAGCAGGGAUUAAAUACUGUCUCCAACGCAGGCAGUGCAGAUUUCGGGACUACGAGCAUUGGAGAUUUGGUGUUGGGAGGGCUUGUUGACAAGCCAAGUGCGCAGGUUCUAGAGGACAGCAGCACUGAGGACAUCUGGCACGAUGUGAGCGCGUUGUCUGAUUUUUUGGCUGCUUCCAGCAGCCCCAUUGUGGACAGUGAACUCUGCCUGGAGCUUCAGGAUGUUCCGGACUGGCAGUUUUGA